AUUUGGGGAAAAUAGCAUCAGUGAAUUAACGCUUUGACGUAUCCUUCCGCUUUCGGUGGUUCUCACCAAUUAUUUUUUAUCCACUACGAUUUGUCAUGGACGAGUGAAUUAUUUCGACUUGAUGUGGCGGGGUUUGGCCUUCAGAAAGUUCUGUUGAUGUUUUGGGGGGCUAUUAGCAAAAUGAAAAGGAGAAAAUUCAGGCUGGAAUGAGUAAGCAUAACCUGGUGGCACAAGUGUUGGGAGAGUGCAUGGGUGCAAAGACCGAAAUAAUAGAGAGAGGCAGAGUCCUAGUGGGCUGCCAUGGAUGAUGAGGAGCGUCUUGAGGGUGAGGAGGAAAUGGAGCUUGACGAGGCUUCCGACGGAGAGGACGAUGAUGAGGAGGCCAUUGGCAUACCAGUCUCACCGGCCACCUCCGAUCAACUUUUUACUAGUGUUCCAGUUACUCCAGGCAAUGUUUUUUAUCCAGUUACCCCAGAGGAGCCAUUUGAUCCUCUGCGUUAUCAAAAAUUUCCCCUGCCAGGGGGCAAACCACUGAGUAUACGUCGGGGCCCGGGCAGACCGAGAAAAGAACGGCCCCCAGGUACUUCUGCUCGUGGAUUGGGUCCACGUAGGCCAUUUGGUAGGGGCUCAACACGGGGCAAAGCACUGGGUUAUGCUCGUGGUGGUAUAAGAAGAACAAAGAGUAAGGAUGACGAUACUCAUUCUGAAUCACAGAGUCCUCUGAGGCUCGGUGAUGAUCCCAAUGGGGAGGGAGAGUCUUCUGGCAUCGACAGAUCCAUGCCAGCGCCAGAAGAGCCACCCUAUCUCCCGGAAAAAUGGCCAGGAAAGGUGUGUGCAUUGUGUAAUCUCGGUGAGCGAAGUCAACUUGGUCAGGGUGAGCUACUACAGCUCACCUACCCCGUUGGCUUCGUCCCCGAGAAGAAUGCCAAUCGUGAGGAGACAGCCGAUCUCCUCAUGGAUAUGUCUUCCACCGGUGACAAGAGUCCACGUGGUGUCGGCCCUGGAGCUGUCACCUGUCGACGACAGAAGAGCCUGGCUAAAUGCAGAAAUCCUAGUCUCACGAAUUACACUGAACCUGUCGAGGAGUUAACUAUUGUUGGGUACUCGGAGGAGCCUGAUGUUGGAUUACUAUUUGAAGCUAAUGGAAUUUAUUAUGUACAUAAAUCGUGCGCUAUUUGGUCGAGCUGUUGUAAAGAUAUCAUCACAGAGAGCAUAAGCCCAGCGAUAGUUCAUGCAUCGUCCCGUCGAUGUGCUUAUUGUUCUCAUUAUGGUGCGGCUAUUUCCUGCAAAGUGGGCUCGUGCAAUCGUUAUUUCCACUUUCCGUGCGCAGCAGCCUCCUCGUGUUUUCAGGACACGAAGACCCUCUCGUUAUUCUGCAAACAGCACCUCGGUCAAGUGCCUCUUCUUCUCAAUGAUAUAGCCUGUAUACAGUGUUACGGGAUGGGUGACGUUUCGAAUCUUGUCAUGUGCACUGUGUGCGGUCAGCAUUACCAUGGCAGUUGCGUGGGACUGGCUCUGCAUCCUGGUGUGAGAGCAGGCUGGCAGUGUGCACCAUGCAGAGUAUGUCAAGUUUGUCGUCAACCAGAGGAGGUCUCCAAGGUGAUGCUCUGCGAGCAGUGCGACAAGGCUUAUCAUCCGAGUUGCCUUCGUCCAAUCGUCACAUCAAUACCCAAAUACGGUUGGAAGUGCAAGUGUUGCAGAGUGUGCACUGACUGUGGCUCAAGAACACCCGGGGCUGGACAGUCCUCUCGCUGGCACUCGCACUUCACUGUCUGCGAUUCCUGCUACCAACAGAGAAACAAGGGCUUCUUCUGUCCGAUAUGUGGAAGAGCAUAUCGAGCUGCUGCUUUAAGGGAAAUGGUCAAGUGCACUAGUUGCAAAAAGUAUGUACAUGGUACCUGUGAUGCUGAGGCUGAUCCCCUGACCUAUCAACAUCGAAAGGAAGCCAAACCAGAUUACGAGUACGUCUGCACCCACUGCAAGAGUCAGGCUCUCAUCAAACGAAAAGACAACAUUGACGAAUACUGUGGGGAUUCAUCUCUCACUGCAUCACAAGAGAGUUUAUAUGGGGAUGGAGACUCUUCGGAGUUUGAUUGCUCGGUUGACGAUCCUCUGUACAUUGGCCUGGGUAAGGGGAAGCCCUCCUGUGCCUCGAAGAUAGCCAAGAAGAGAUUGGGUCUCGCUGGUAUCGUGGGUAGGCCCAAAGGGGUGGGCAAAUUGGGCUAUCAGAAGCGUCAGAAGCUCAACGAGUUUGGUAGAAAGAGGGGCCCAAAGGCGAAGAUGAGAGGGAUAUUUGGAGUGCCAGGUGUUGGCCUCCAGAAACCCCAAUCAGAUUCAUCGAAGGAGGAGGAACCUGGUGUAGAGAAUAGACUGGUAUUGUGCUCAGCGAAGGACAAAUUUGUACUGACUCAAGACAUUUGUGUUAUGUGUGGGGCAAUUGGUACAGAUUCUGAGGGCUGUUUGAUCGCAUGUGCCCAGUGUGGACAGUGCUAUCAUCCUUACUGUGCUAAUGUCAAAGUGACGAAAAUCAUUCUGCAGAAGGGGUGGAGGUGUUUGGAUUGUACUGUUUGUGAGGGCUGUGGUGAGAGACAUGACGAGGGACGUCUUAUUCUUUGUGAUGAUUGUGACAUUAGUUAUCAUAUUUACUGUAUGGAUCCACCACUGGACUACGUGCCACAUGGCACAUGGAAGUGUAAGUGGUGUGCCUUGUGUCAGACUUGUGGCUCAAAUGAUCCAGGAUUUAACAGUAGCUGGCAGAAAAAUUAUACACAGUGUGGACCGUGUGCAUCUCAUUCAGCUUGUGCAUCGUGUCAGGAGCCUUACAACGAGGGGGAUUUAAUUAUUCAGUGUGUACAGUGCGAGAGAUGGUUGCACUGUGGCUGCGAUCACAUCAAAACUGAGGCCGAUGCUGAGAAAUGCGCUGAGGAGGGGUACAAUUGUGUUUUGUGCAGACCCAGAGAUGUACCACCGCCCCAUAUACUGUCCAAUCUACCUAAACCAAUUUUGAACAAGUAUCCAAGAUCACCACCACCAAUUGUUCGCAGCCCAGAGCUCUACAAACCGUCGACACAGCAGUAUCUUGUCGAUGGGGUUUAUCUGUCUGAAGCUGGUAUGCAUCAUAUCAAAUCGUUGACGUUUGAGCAGCAACAAACGAGGAAGAAGAGACGGAAAAUGCUACCAGUUAUUGAUAAGGAUGCGGAUAUUAUGGCAACAAUUGAAUCCGUUGUGGCUGGCAGCAGUUUAGAUAAUUCUUUGGAGGAAAAUGGUAAGCAUAUUGGGAUGGAUAUUGAUGUUAAAAAUGAGCCUGAUGAGGUGCUCAAGGAGGGUAUGGUGUGGACUCAUGGGGAUCAACCACCACCUGAGGGCUACAGUCUUUACACUACUGAGAAUGGAAUAUCAGUGUUGAGGCGAAAACGACAGAGAAAUCUUCAGAAACUCGGCAUCGGUGGAUUUGUAGUGAGACUCAGGGGGACUAGAAAGGAUAAGGAGCACGAGGGUGAGCCUGAUAAGCCUCUUGAGGGAACUGCUAUGACACUCGGUGAUGAUAAGCCUAGGAAGAAGGGACAGAGGAAAAAGCAGCAGCCCAAAUUGGCUGAGAGCUUUCCACUGUACAUGCAGGAGGCCUUCUUCGGGAAGGAUCUCAUGGACGUCACCAAAGACAGGGAUCUCAAGAGUAGCAGUGAUUCGGAUAGUGAGAGAAAUAUUUCUGGCAGUGGGGAUACCAUACAACUGUCACAGGACGAGUUAAAGGCUAUUGAACAGGUGAAAAAGAAUGCCAAAGAGGAUGAGGAGGGGACUAAGAUACCUAACGAUGCCCUCGUGAAAAGGGAGGAGAUUAUUGAUGAUGAGACCAGUGAUACUGAGGCACUUGGUGACAUUUUACCAAUUUCCACCGAUCUUCUGGACACUGACGAGCUUGUUAAUACAAUUAUGAAUGAGCCUGAUGGGGAUUUGGCAGUUAAGGCUAGUGAGGCUCUGGAUGAGCUUGAUGAUCAGCCUGGACAGAGCAGGGACGAGCUUACGGAUAUCCUCAGUCCUCAUUUCAAUUUGGAAUCGAUGGUGAGGGAUACUGGACUCCCUAAUAUGGACAGCAAAGAUGUCGAGGAAAUUUUCAAGGGAGUACUCACUGAUGAGUCUCAGGAGUCCCAGGAAUCAUCGGUCUUUCCUAUUCAGGCGCAAACUCCUCGCACUCCUUCCACUACAACUCCACUGGUGUCACCAUCACCCCAUCCAAACAUGCAAACGCCAAUUCCACUUGGCAGGCCACAAGUACCUGGAUCACUUCCACCUGUUGCCCAAUCAAAUCUCAAUUCACCCAUGAGCUUCCCACCACCAUCGCCUUAUCACUCGGAAUACAGCAACAGUCCGCAGUUCAGCCCUGCAUUCUCGGAACCACCGAGUCCCUGGAUUAAUCCUGAUGAGGAGGGCUCUGGGGGACCAGUCGUCGCUGCCACUGGCAAACAGGGAAAUAAUGCCAAAAUGUUUCAGGAUGAGAAACUUGGAGCUGAGGCUACUAUUUCCUCCGUUCUUUAUGCUAAUAUGAAUCAUCCUGAGUGGAAGGAGGAAUAUCCAUCGUGGCCAGAAAGGUGUAAACAAAUUCUUAAAAAGUGGCGGGCUCUACCGAACGAAACAAAAGCCCCAUACUUGACACAGGCCCGUGACAAUCGAGCUACAGUACGCAUGAAAAAGACUCAACAGAUACCCAAGGAUAUACCAAGCACGAUCCAAGUAACAGCAACAAGUUCACCGACCAUCAUGACGAAACCAGUAACAAGCAUCACAUCGUCCCAAGUAACUCCACUAGUUGGAAUGGGUACAAGUCAAAAGCAAAUUGGAUUGUUGGCCUCAGUGGCCAGUGAUAAAUCAACGGAGAAGCCCAGCAUCCAGGGACAAGUGCAAACAGUCAUCAGUGGAUUGUCAUCAGUUAUUGGUGGCGUUGCAACAGGAUCACAAAAUAUAGCGGAGGAACAGGAUAGACUGUCUAAUCGAGAUCGAACGACCCGAGAGGCUGAACAGGAACGACAGUGGAAGCAAUUGCAAGCGUUCAGGCAACAACAGGCACAACUCCAGCAACAAGUUAUUCAUGAACAACGUGUACACGCUAUGACAAGGGGACACAGGGCAAUUAAUGACGAUGGGUCUCAAAUGACUCCUGAUACUAAUUCUGGACUUACUACACAAUUACAAGUAUCAACAUCACAAGACGGUACCCAACUGGGACCAAUGACAUCACCCUCUCCAGGCUCUCGAGGCACCUUUGCUACACCUCCGCUGAAAGUAAAUCGAUUAGCAGCACCUCAGAGUCCACUUCAGAGUCAUCCGCGCCUGCCAAAUCAGCCCUGCGCCACGAUGACACGUCCGGUGGGAACGGUAGUUCGUCCUGGAAUGGCCAACACCUUCGCUCAACCGCCCUCACCAUUUUCCCCGCAGGCUCCCCAAUCACCCCACGAUUUUCCCCAGUCACCAGCCUCAUCCCAGACCCAAGAGCAUUUCCAGAGAUUUGACAAUCCUGAGGGCUUUAACCAGGGAAAUCAGACCCCUCGUCCAAUAAUUCCAGGUACCCCUACCUACGCCACAUCUCCCAGAAAUGAUGUUUUCUCUCAACCACCUGGUACUCCACGUCCCAUUUUCAAUCCACCCACACCUCGUACUUCCACUCAUGUCUAUGCUCCAUCUCGUACUCCCGAUCCUUAUAGCAAUCAGCCCCAAACACCCUCACCUGCACCGAGUUAUACAUCACCGAGGCCUGAGUCCCGACAGGAAUCACCAGCUCCUGAGGUCUUCAGUCAACAACCAGAGGUCAAUCGACAGCUGAGGGAUCUCCUCCAGAGGCAGCAGUUCAGCAAGAAAAUCGAGCAGAAUCCUGGUAAUUGGAGUCAGGAGGUACAGAGUCCUGUUGCAGAUGGUGUCCAGCAGCAAUUUGAGCAGGGGCAUGUGCAAAUAUCUCAGCAUGUUCAACCAGCUCCGAAUAAUGUCGAGGGAACGUUCAGGCAUCCCUUGCCACCGGGUAUGCGACCACGAAUGCCACUUCAAUUGAAUGUAUUCAUCAGGAAUUCACAGGGAAAUGUCGAUGCAAGACUUCAGGGAAUUGAUCCAAGAACUCGAAUGCUGGUGCAACGACCUCAAAUACCAGGCCUUCCCCAGCAACACUUCCAGAAUCAACAGCUGCAGAAUCCUCAGCAAAUACUUCAGCAGAGAAUGCCAGCCCCACGUAAUCCAAUGGCUGAGCAGUACGAGAUGCUACAGCAGUCUCCACAAGUGCCUCAGCCCCAGCCCCAACUUCAGACCCAGCAACAGCCACCCAGAUUUCCAGAUUCCAAUCAAACGAUGCAGAGAAUUGUUCGCGCUGGCCAAGACACAAGCCAAAGUGUGAGAAUGAUGUCACAGCAGAGUAUGGCACGUCCACCUCUCAUACCAUCCGCUGUCAAUGAUAAUCAAUCCACGUCAGAGGCCUCAGAGAUACCGGACAAUGUGACAGCUGAACUCGAGAAGCUCGAACAGGAGGGUGCACCCAUGGUAGAGGUCGAGGGCGUCAGUGCAAUAUUAGGUGACUUGGCUGAAGAUGACGACGAGCUUCUCGCUGAAAUGGGUGCAGACUUCAAUAUUCUCGAAUAUGCAGAUCCUGAAUUGGACAAUAUCACUGGUGGAGAAAAGACGAAUAUCUUAGAUAUGGAUCUGGAGCAGGUGGAGGUCGAGACCAAGGAGGAAAAGUUGAAGAAGGAAUCCAAAGUUGAGGAACAUAAGACUGAAGAGCUUGGAGCGACAGGUGCUCAUGAGAUGGGAGAUAAUGCAACUGUUUCAGGGGCAGUGGAGGCAUCCAGUGUGUCCAGUACCCCUGUGGUUCCAGUACCACAAAUACCCACCAGUCAGACUCAACCACCUCAGGCACCAGGUCCUCCUAUGCUACCACAGAAUCAUCCACAAGUUGUUGCUGUGCAGCAGCAGAUGAAUCAUCAUCUCCAGCAAGCUGCGGCUAUGGGGAGGCCCAUUCCACCGGGGAUGAGACUCACUUCGCUCGAUGGGGCGAUCGUUGGGGUCGUCACGUCGACGAAUACUGUUACUGUUAGCUAUCCGUCGACUUUUCCUGGUCAUGGGCAGAGGCUGCCACAGCAGCACAUGCAAUUGCAACAACAAAGAUUAGGUAUGAGGGUACCUGGUGUUCAGGGAGUUCCAGGCAGAGUGGUAUCAGUCAGUCACAUGGUUGGCCCUAGAAUGCCUCUGGCACCACCACCGCCACCACCACCACCUUAUCCAGGCCCUCCACCCCCUUAUCCAGGACCCGUACAGAUGGGGCUGUGCCAAGGUGGGCGGGGUAUGCCACGAGCACCGGUGCAUAUCGGUCAUCAAAUGUCCGCUCCUGGUCCACCGAUGGCACCCGUGGUGCAUACGGGUUCACCUACGGUCGUGCCACAUCCACAUCGUAGACCCCUGCUUCUCCAGUCGUGUUCGCAGGAGCAACCGUUGUUACUGGAGGAUCUCUUGGAGCAGGAAAAGAGAGAGCAGGAGAAGCAGCAGAAACAACAGCAGGUGGAGGCUGCUGCACCAGGUCCACUGUUGAGUGACGUUGAGUUCGAGAGGCUUCGGGCUGAUGUGCUUGGCUCGUCGGCACUGGGAUCGCCACCUCAGACCAUUGCUGGUCCAUCCACUGGGCCAAUUAUUAGGCCACCUGGAAAAUCACGACCACCUUCUACACCGGCUCCUACAGCACAAUGGCCUCAGGUGCCUCCUGUUGUCAAUUCACCGAUCCAAUCGCCUCGUCAACCCAUUGCUACGCAAACAGCGGCAGAAUUGAGAAUUGCAACAUUCAACAUUCCUCACUUGCCAGCGCCACCUGCACCGCCAGAUGUUAUUGCCACAGAGCAAGAUCGAAUGAUUCAGCUGCAGUAUGAGCAAUGGCUGGUUCACCAGGGUCAAAUUCUCAAGCAACAGCAGACGUACUACGAGACAGAAAUGUUGAAACUUCGAAAGGUGAAGAAAUCCCUGAACAGCAAGAAACGCCAGCUGAUAAAAGCGGGAAAUGAGCUCACAGAGAGCGAUGCCAUUGAAUUGAAGAGAAUCUCAGAUGAAGCAGCGGCUCUGCAGAAGUUCCUCGAACCCAGCAGAAAACAAUUUCGCCAGCACAAUAUUUUAGCUCAAGAAUAUCAAAAUAAACAACAGCAACAGAGACAGGUCCAGCCCCAGAACUCAGAACCUUGUUCACCUCUGAUGUCACCCUCUCAACACUCGUCUCCAAUGCACAGUCCAGCUGGACUGGUGUCCCACAGUCCUGGUCCAGGCUCAUCUGGAAUGAUUCAGCACUCACCAGCGACAUCGAUGAUUCAGCACAGUCCAAAUGCCCAGAUGUUGCAGCACAGUCCAGGUACACAGCAGCCAACAAAUCCUGGGACUAUGUCACCUCACAGUAUGCAGCCAUCACCAAGGAUAGGAACUCCACAUUCUCAGGGGGAGGAGAGCCCCUUCAGUCCUGGAGCAAUGCCAUCCCCAGGUAUGUGUGGACCGACGACGAGAAUGGCAUCACCUCAGCAUCGAGCUGUUAUGAGCAGCAGACUUGCCACGAGUCCUGGAGGUUUUCAAGAUCGAGGAAAUCAGCAGAUAAUGAAUGAGCAGUCUGUCAGACUGCAGAAUAUUCACCAGAGAUUCGUGAGACCACCAAAUAUCGGAGAAAUGGGACAAAGACCGAGGAUGCAGAUGCAGGGUGGAAUAAUCUAUAACCAGAGGUCUCCCUUGGGCAGUCCUCAACCCUCCCAGCAACAGCAUCAACCGAUGAUGACUCAGCAGCAACAUCAGCAAUUGGUGCAACGGCAAAUGCAACAGCAGCAGCAGCAGCAGCACGAGAAUACAAUGAACCAAGAGCAGAAUAUGAUUAAUCAGAGGAAUAUGAUGGCCCAACAGAGGCAGAUGAUGUCACAGAAUCAGCAGCAGCAACAACACGUCAUGCAGAAGCCUCCGAGCUCCCCGAUGGUCUCUCAACCAGCGAAUUCACCGAGUCCACAACUGCAUCAACAAAUGCAGCAGAAUUACGGACAGCCUCCGAGCUCACCCAUGCCAAGGAGUCCAAUGGUGCAGCAGACCAUGGGCUCACCAAUGCUUCAGCAGCAAUUGAGCCAAAAUUCGCAGCCACCCAGCCCCAUGGGAGGGAGAAUCCAUCAUCCACCAACAUCACCAAUGGUCUCUCAGUAUCAACCGAAUCCUCCCAGCCCCAUGGCGAGGUCCCAUCCAUCGACAUCUCCGAUGCUUCAACAUCAAUUAAACAAUCAACAUCACCCACCACCCCCGCCGAGCUCACCGAUGCCCAGGAGUCCAAUGGUCGCUGGUUCUCCCAUGCAGAUGCAAAGGAGACAAUCCAGUGGCAAUAGUCCUGCAAUGCCAGACAGACCUCAAAGUGUUGAAAAUCCAGGAACACCUAGAACACCUCAUACACCUCACACACCUCAUUACAAUCAACUGAACUCUGGGCACGUUGAUCAGCAACAGCAGCAGCUGAAUCAAAAUCAAAUGGAGACUCAAUCAGAUCACCAAAAUCGAGGCGGUGGAAAUCCCCACAAUCCAAUGAAUCCCAUUCCCUUCAAAAGAAAUUUCGGCAGAUUUGGCUUCAUAAAACUAGGCCUUCGAGGUGGCUCUCCCAUGUGGUCCACUAAACCUGAAUCCAGCAAAGGGAAAACCGAGCCUAGAAUAUCAGCGACUGCAGUAACUGAUGAAAAACCGAACACAUCAGCAGUUCACAGAAAAACUGGAAUAUCUCAGUCAAAAAUAAAUAGUCUAGUCUGCGCUGAUUACAAUGACUUUGACGAUGACUCUCAUACUCCACCCCAAACCCCUCCAAAUCGGUCUGAUUCCAAAGUAGUUCAGGGAGUUGUGGCUGAAAAAUCGAGUCUGGGGAUUGGAAGUCCUAGUGAUAAAUUGGAGGCUAUGCCUGACACUACGGACUACGACGAUGAUAAAACAAUCGUGAAUGAAGAGGUCACAUUAAGCUCAACGGCGCAAAGGGACAAUGACGAUAUUACUGUGAUCGAGGAAUUUUCGGAAUCAGAGCUUGGUGAUGUAGUGCUGGGAGCUCUCGACCCUGAGAUGCAGGAGGAGUACGUUCUCUUCGAGCAGGACAUGGUAGUCGAUCUCUCAGUCGACUCCAAUGAUUCAUUAAGCCAUGCUUUAGUUAAUAACACCAAUCAGAGUCAUGACCUCGUGCAGAUACUGGAGAUUCAACAGGCUCAUGACGAUCAGGUACUGAGUGAUGAGGAGUUAAUUCCAACUCAGAAUAGAAACAAGAAGGGACUUCGGUUGGAUAUCGUCAGGACUCUGGGGAGUGGAAAACGUCUGGUAGCUGUCACUGAUACUCCUGAAUCACCGGAUCAGGAUGAGAUUAUCGAUCAGUCCCCUGGGACCUCUCCUUUCCUCCACAGCUCAGACCACAAUUUCAUAGAGCUCGUUGAGGAGUCCGAAGUUGUUAUCAUCGAUCCAAGUACCAAAUCCCCUGAUGAUCACUUGGUUAAGGAAGAUUGUGUGGAAGAGGCUGAAAAAAUUGAUUGCAACUUUGUGGAUAUUAAUCAAAAGGGAAAUGACACUAUUGAGAGCUCGACACCUGACGGGACCGAUAAGAAAAGCCCCAGCUUCAAUUUCUGUGAGAAAUCGCCUAUGAGCUCGAUGAAUGUCGAUCCUGCUGGCAGUUCUGAUGAUGUUAAAGUCGUUUCUCUCAAUGAAAUCGUGAUUAUGUCAGCAACUACUGAUAUUCCUGAGGAAAAUGAGGUUAAAAUAGGUGAUUGUCAAAAAUCAUCGGUUUUACCCUCGAAAGUGCCCAAUGUCAUUGCAGAUACAAAAAUAUAUGUAAAGUCGAGUCAAUCUUCGCAGGAAACUGCAUUACUCAAACUACAGAAAGUGAACUCUGUGGAUAUUCCUGACGGUCCAGUCGACGCACCAAAAAUUGAAGACAAAAUUAUAGAGUUAAAACCAGAAAUCAAUCUAUCAAAGCCAGUAUACCAGGGACGCAUCGAGACGGAGACAAUAAAAAAUUCUGUCCCUGUAAAAUCUCCCGCUGUCUCCUUGAAGCCGAAAUCAUCAACUCUAGAAUUAUCUCCAAAAGAAAAUGAGAUCUCAUCGCAGAAAGUGUCUGCAGCCCCUGAAAAAAUUUCGACAAUUACUAAAUCGGCGGAGAAACCAGAAGAGUCUACCUCCAAGGCUGAGCCCACUCCAACCCUCACAAAUUGCACUCCAUCUUCCUCAGAAGUCCUUGAAGAAUCCCUAGACGAAAAGAAGACUGAUCCUUUGAACACAACCGACGAACUCGAGGACAUGCUGGAGAAGAUUCACAAUCCAGCUGAGAAUGCAAUAAACGGAGAAAGUAAAAAGGAAAAAUCUGUUGUUUCACCGCUCCAGAGGAUAUCUCCAGUCGUGGACGAGAUGUCCCUAGUCAACAUUUUGGAGAGCGACACAGAUCCCAUUAUCAACGAAAAGAGUGAAGACAAGAGAGAAGACAAAUUAGACUCAAAAAUAAUAAAAUCAGAAUCUCUGACUCCCUCAGAGAUAAAAACCGAAUUAGAAUCAUCAUCAAAAGCCUUCGAGGAUUCUGUGCAACAGCCAGAGGAACCGUCCGAAUCCCCAGAAGAUAUCCUGGACAUGUUGGAUAACAUAAUUUCAACAAAACCAGAGAUGGUAGAUACUGAUAUACUAGAAGAAGACAGAUCCAGGAAAUCCAGUCUCAUUUAUCAAAUGCCAACUCCUCUGGAGUCCCUCCCCUUGAAUAUUCUCCAGGACUCAUUGAUGGAUCUGGAAACUCCCGGGGAGAACGAAACACCAGCUGAGAAUCCCCCACAGGUCCAGAUCCCAUCGAAACCUGUGACAGAGAUUAGACCCGCAACGAAGAGUCCUCCAUCAUCUCAACCUCCAACAGCAGUAAUAGUCAGCACUGUUGCUCAGCUUCAACGAAGUACGACGACAAUUCCUCACCUGUCGCCCUUAUCGAAGCCUACGGAGUUGACGUCGAACGUCGCAAAUGUAUCCCACCAGCUGAGAACAUUACUCUCAUCUCUCCAAACGAAUCACUCUCAAAGUUAUACAACAGCAGGACAAGCUACACUGGUCUCGAUGGUGUCCUCAGGUGCUGCAGCUGCUAAAGCAAGUAUUGUUGUAACAGCCACAGGCACAAAUGCUCUCUCCAGCUCAUCAGCAACCUUGAACUUCACGAAAUCCUCUGACACCACGAGCACCUUCUCAAGUGGAUUGAAAGAGCCUCCCAGUGUUGUUCCUAUUCUCAACAAAACAUCAUCAUCAGAGCAAUUCAACAGGAUCUCGAGCAGUGUGGGUGGAGUUCUGGCUAGCUUACCAUCACCGACAAUUGCCUCAAGACCUGGCACCAAUUCUGGAAUUUCUAUCACGUCAAAUGCAAUGUUGAAUGCUAUGCUGUCGAGGACGACGUCGUUAACAAAGCCAACGAUUGCUGGUCAUCGAGCCAAUACCAUCACGAGUAAUUUAUUGAGCUCAGUCCUCCCAACUCCAACCAUUCAAAAGUCCCAGAACAUGCAGGCAAUUCUGCAGGUGAGCUCGGGUGGUGCAAUCCCAUCGAAGGCACCUCUUAACACCUCGGCAGUUUCGACGUCUGUGCAAUCAGCGAAGACAGUGGUUCCUCCAAUGAUCGCCAACACCAUCAAUGUGACGACUUCGAUACUUCAGUCGACUUUGUCACAGGCACCGACGCUUCUCCAUUCGCAAUUAUCUGGUCAGAGCCAGUACAAAACUGGGCUUUUGCCUAUUGAUAAUAAAUCCGGGGAGAUUGAUAGCCCAGUGGGGACCUCGAAGGACGAAGAGAAAACUCUGGCUGCAUCUGUGAGGGCCGAUGACGCCAAGGCCAUCAAUGCACACAGAAUGGAAGAAUCUCAAAAUGUUCUCCUCAAACAACUUUUGCAGAAUACUGCGUGUGCAACGACAGCGCCACCCUCGUCGACAUCAUCAGCCCCAAGUCUUCCCAUUGUACCAUCAUUGGAGGCUCAAUUGGCUCGACCAACACCCACUCCACCAUCCUCUCUGAUUCCACCUCUGCUGAAUAAAAUUCCAAGUACGAAAACGGUCACUAAAGUGCUCACCAGAGAGACGUCUUUUGUGUCUCACAUUCCUAUUGUGAAGAGUCAGAGUCCUCCCACGAAGGAAGACCCUCCAAAACCAUCAACUCCAGUCUCUUCAGGGUCUGUUCCACCCCUGCAAGUGGUCCAGCCUGUGCAAACCAUCCAGCGGUCUAUAGAGAGUGUCCCGAAGGUUCAGUCAAAAGUGCCAUCACCAGUGGUAACUCAACCAAUUGUUACAGUGGCAAAUAAACCAAUUCCACAGAAAAUAGAAUCACCACCGCAGUCGGAGGUGCCAACACCUGUUAGCACCCCGCCAGUACCCCCGAAGACACCGACAUCAGAAUCAAUGGCUCCAGCUCAGCAGAUCAGGGUUACCAAUGUGCCAACGACUUUCACGAGACUCGUACCAACCAGCAAACCAGUUCAACCCCCUCCAGCCCAGAAAAUAAUGCCUCAAAAUCCACAAUUAUCUAAUCACAUUCAGACUCCACCACAACCAUCAACGCCUGUGUCAAUAACUCCUCCACAGACACCUCAACCACAGCCACAGCUGCAAGGACUACAGCAAAAACCACAAAUUCAAAUGCAACACCAAUUGCCCCAGCAACUGCAAACACCACGACCCCAAGUAGUUAAUACUCUACAACCAUCAGUGCCUCAGACGAUGCCCAUGAAGAUUGGUCAUCAAGCUCACCUCCAACAGGGUGCAAUUGCGCAACACACAGUGCCUUUAGUUGAAGUUAAAAAGGAAAUUCUCGAUGAAGUGCUGUCUGGCAGUACACCAGGACACAAUUCUGAUACCAAAGAUUUUCUAACUGCCAAAGAGGAGAUUAUGGAUGGUACAAUUGACGAUAAAAAUGAUCUUAAAAAAUUGAAGAGGCGACAGUAUCAGCAGAAACGAAGACAGAGUCAAGGGAAAGAUGCGUCUGCUCAGCCUCAGAAAAAGAGGUCGCGAAAGGUCUCGAGAUUGGACGAGGAUUACGACACAUUUAUAGAUAAUUUGAUGGUUCAGCUGCGUCAGCUACCCCAGAUGACUGUGCUGGAGCCUCUUCUGGGGAGAAACUACGGUGUCUGUCCUAUUUUCGGAUCUGGAGAUCUCUCGAAAAUAGGAAAUCAGAGGGACUACAAUACGAGAACUGGAGACUGCAGUGGAGUUUAUGGAGUGGCUAGACUCCUGGGUGUCUCGGAUCACUACAACACUCAUCCUUUUGGAGAGCAAGAACCCUCGACUCCACAGCAACCAGCGUCAACCCAACGUGGAUUUUACGAUCAAGAAUUUCCGCCACUGAAGCUAGAUGAUGCCCUUGACAAAAAGGAAAAUCUCCUGAUGACGAGAGACGUGGAUACCCCAGACACAAUCGUCAGCUCGUCUUCCCCAGAAUGCGUUAUUCCGGAGUUUGUCAAUAGAUUCCCGGGACUGAGACUAAUUGAGGAGGAGUCUGAUGAGGAAUCUGACUGGCUGAAGAGGGUCUCCCCAGUGAUUCCUCUCGUGUCACCCAUUCCAAUUCGCCUCAAACCAGCGCAUAUCAAGGACAACUCCAAACAGGAUAAAGAGAAUCUGGGAACGAGACUAGGCAAGUCUUCACCUGUUGCUCUACGUGAGAAUGGCAACGUUACAGUGACAUUGACACUCAACAGUCAAGCAGCUGAUGACAUAAUGGGGGUCUUGAAGGACCUCGCAAAUAUCCUCAACAUUUCACCACCCAAUGGCUAUCAAAUAGUCGAGAGAACAACAACUCCACCCUCACAAAGACUCGGGCUUUAUCGAACCAAGGGAAAAGAUGGAAAAGAGGGAGCACCCAUUGACUUUCAGAGCAUCCUCAAUGGAGCUGCUAAAUUCUGUCGUCAUUGUGAUGUUGUUAUCUUUCACAGUCUCAUUCGUACGAAGGUAUCCGACCUUCCAUUCUUGACGAAAGAGGAAGCUGAAUCUGGGGAUGAACUCUGCUUCUGCUCAGCCGCAUGCUACUAUCAAUUCGCUCGAAUGCACCGAACACCAACCACUCCAGGAAAAGCAGCCACAAUUGUCGAUCAUUUGUGCUCGAUAUCAGAAGUGAAACUUCUCAAUAAUACCCUGAAGAAAAAAAUAGAGAAACGUUCUCUCGAGAAACAACAGCUUGGAUUGGAAACUCUUGACGUUGAUCAGAUUGAGAUUAAUACAGAUAUUAAAAUAAAAACCGAAAAGGAUGAUUCUGAGACUAUGAUGAUGGGUGAGGAGCUCAUGCAGCUCGAGGAGAGGAGACCCAGGAAGCAUCCAGCUUCUGAGGAUCUUUCCGUCGAUCUAGCCGAUCCUCAACCACCAGCUAAACUCUGGAGAGGACUGAAGUACAAAUUGUGGACGAUGGGAGGAAUUCAACCAGCGACCAAAUACAAAAAACCAACGGACAGAGAGAUCACGGAGAUGCUCUUCAGAAUGGGUGUAACUGUCUCUCCAGUAAAGAAUGAUGACAGUCGUCGGUGUAUGUUUUGUCAAAAUCAGGGUGAUGGGGCUGCUGAUGGACCCGCUCGUCUCCUGAAUUUCGACGUCGACAAGUGGGUGCAUCUGAACUGCGCCCUGUGGUCCGAGGAUGUAUAUGAGACGGUGAAUGGCGCCCUCAUGAACCUGGACAUUGCUCUUCAACACAGUCUAGUUCUGAAUUGCGUGGUGUGUGAGAAACCCGGGGCGACUGUUAAGUGCUUCAAGAUCAGAUGCACCAAUGUCUAUCAUCUUGGAUGUGCGGUGAAGGAUGGAUGUGUCUUCUACAAGAACAAGAGUACCUUCUGCUCCCAGCAUGCACAGAAAAAUGACAAGGACAAUGAAUUGACAACGCUGUCGGUUUACAGGAGGGUUUACGUCAACAGGGAUGAGAAUCGCCAGGUGGCAGCUGUCAUGCAUCACUCUGAUCACAACCAUCUGCUCAGAGUAGGGAGUCUCAUUUUUCUGAGUGUAGGACAACUUCUGCCCCAUCAACUAGCCAAUUUCCAUACUGUUAAUUAUAUUUAUCCAGUCGGGUACAAAAUCGUGAGAUUUUACUGGAGCAUGAGGAGACCCAACAAACGCUGCAGAUAUGUUUGCUCCAUCCACGAUGUUUCUGGGAGGCCAGAGUUCAGAGUUCUCGUCCAAGAGCCAGCCCAGGAGGAUGUGGAACUGAGGGAUGCAUCGCCCAGGGCUGUGUGGAGCAGAAUACUGCAGCCUCUGGCUGACAUGAGAAAGAGUACUAAUAGUGUCCAGUUGUUCCCGAGGUAUGUGUCAGGGGAGGAUUUGUUUGGUUUGACUGAGCCUGCUAUCGUCAGGGUCCUGGAGAGUCUCCCUGGGAUCGAGACGUUGACGGAUUACAGGCCCAAGUAUGGAAGAAAUCCUCUUCUGGAACUGCCACUUGCCAUCAAUCCAACUGGAAGCGCCAGGACUGAGGGAAGGCUGAGAAAUCAACUCCCUUGGAAGAGGCCACACACCCAGAGGACUGGCUCAUCUGCCAGGGCAACUUAUGCACCAGCUGCUGCUGUCGCUGGAGAAGUGGCUUGUCCCUAUUCCAAGCAAUUUGUCCACUCCAAGAGCUCUCAGUAUAAGAAGAUGAAACAGGACUGGAGGAAUAAUGUUUAUCUGGCAAGAUCAAAAAUUCAGGGGCUGGGGCUCUACGCCGCGAGGGACCUCGAAAAACAUCAGAUGGUCAUCGAAUAUAUUGGAGAGAUCAUCAGGACUGAACUUGCAGAGACCAGGGAGAAACAGUAUGAAGCUAGGAAUCGAGGAAUUUACAUGUUUCGACUUGACGAAGAACGAGUGGUAGAUGCAACGCUGUGCGGUGGCCUGGCGCGUUACAUAAAUCACUCUUGCAAUCCCAAUUGUGUCGCCGAGAUCGUUGAAGUUGAGCGUGAUCUCAGAAUCAUUAUUUUUGCUAAAAGGAGAAUCUCACGCGGUGAAGAGCUGGCAUAUGACUACAAAUUUGACAUUGAAGAUGACCAGCAUAAGAUAGCAUGCGCCUGUGGUGCACCUAACUGCCGCAAGUGGAUGAACUAAAUUCGAGCUCAAUCCACAAAAUACUGUUGUUAUUGUUGCUAAGUUUUUUCGGUAGGUUUUACAAUGGAGAUGAUUGAAAAACAAAUUAUAUAUAUAUAUUAUAUAUAAAAAUGAAUAGACCUAUUAUUUAAUUUGUAAAGUGCCAUUGCAGUUUGACAAAAUGAUCGAUUAUAGUGAAGUUGGUGCUAUGCCAUCACCACAUUCCUCCAAAGUUGUACAAUAUUAGCUUUUACAUUAAAAAAAAAAAACGAGAGGUGAGGAUCGCAUUUUGAUGAGAGAAGAGCGAGUGGAAAGCGAGUCCCCAUGAACUUGUAAAUUUUGAAGAAGUCAUUAAUGAAGAUGGAUGUGUGGGGUUCUCGGACGCGGGGGACUAAUGGUGAAUGAGAGGGGAUAACUCUGUAAUUGUGAGAUGUGACACGUUGUAAUAUAGAAAAUGAUUAAUUGUAUUGUCUGUAAAUAGGUAGCAGUCCAAUAUUAUUUUCAAUCACCAGAAAUGAAAUGAAUAAUUAAUUGAAGAAGCAACAAAUUAUGUAAAAUAACAGGUACCUAAUGUAAAAUUAUAUACAAUUAUAACUAUUUGAUUAUUCAAUAAUAAAUCGAUAUAAAAAUUA